CCCGGUGUUGAGACCUUGACUUGAGUCUGUCGCCACUCUGCCCCUCUACAAUCAUCCAGGAGGAGCUGGCACUUUCUGUGUGACUCUCUGCAGCAGCUCUUAGUUUAAGUGGGGGACAGACGCAGCCACUCUGCACUCUGCCUCUCUGGGUCGCUGGGUCCGAAUCUUCUGCCAGAGUCAGCGCAGAGUUAGAGGGUUCGGUUGGGCGAGGAAAGCUCGGAAUGUUCUCGUGGGCAAGGGCAGAUGGAAGCGGGCCCUCACGAUCGAAUAAAAAAAAUCCCUAUGGUCCCGAACCAGGACAGCAGGGCUGAGCAGCUCCAGCUCCCGCCACCUCGAGCUCCGAAUCCUCUUUCAACGUGGGAGCGAGAAGCCAAAGCCACGUCUGCCCCUAGGGAAGUGGCUUUCCGCCUGGAUCUGGGCACCAAGUCCUCAUACCUGGGCAUGCAAGGCCGGGUGGAGACCCUUGCCAAUGACCGGGGCAAAUGCACCAUACAGUUACAUGGCCUCACCGACGUCCUGAACGCGCUCCACGCGGUGUUCGACGCCAAAAGGCUGAUAAGCUGCAAGUUCACGGAAGCGACUGUGCAGCCAGAGAAGGAACACUGGUUCUUCCGGGUGGUGAGCAAUGGCGGUAAGCCAAAGCGCAAGUGUUGUACGGCAGGAGAGGUAGUGGUGCCUGCCUACUUCAGCGACUUGCAGUGCCAGGCGACCAAGGACAGGGUGGGAGCCACGAAACUCAACGUGCUUAGGAUCAUUAAAGAGACUACUACAGCCACCAUCGCCUAUGAGCUGGAUUAACGGUGUGCUGGAGAGAGCAACGCGUUCAGAUUUGUUUGUUUGUUUGUUCUUUUGUUUUUUGAUCUGAGUAGAGGCACUUUCAAUGUCUCAGUCCUAACUAUUCUCGCUGGCGUCAUCGAGGUGAAGGCCACAUCUGGAGACACUCAUCUAGGUGGAGGGGCUUAUCCAACCAGAUGCUGGAACAAUUUUAUAGAAUUUCGUAAGCGUUGGAAAGAUGGAACGGAAACAAGAUGACACUUCACCAGAUUAUGCACUGUCUGAAAGCGAGCCAAACGCAUGCUGUCCUCAGGAUCUACGUUGGCGGUUGACUCUUUUUUCCAAGGUGUGGGCGUCUACACACCCAUUAUUAGUGCCCACUUUGAGAAACUGUGCUCAGACCUUUUCUGCAGCCCUUUGGAGUCUGUGGAGAAGGCCCUUAGUGCUGUCAAACUGGCCAAGGCUCAAAUCCAUGAGGUUAUCCUGGUGGAUGGUUCUUUCUGUAUCUGUAAGGUCCAGAAGCAUCUCUAAGACUUCUUCAGCGGCAAGGAGCUGAACAAGAACAUGGACCCUGACUGUGUAGGUGGCUGUGUUGAUAGAAGACAAGUAAGGGAGGUGCAGGGUCUCCUCCUGUCGUGGCUGGAGAUGGUGAUGGCCACAUGGAUCCGUUGGAAUGUCACCAUCCCUAUCAAACAGACCCAAGCUUUUCCUACAUACUCAGACAACCAGCCUGGGUUCCAAGUGUGUGAGCAUGAGAGGGCUGCUGUGCAGGACAACAACCUACUGGGCAGCUUUAAUCUCAGUGACAUUCUCUGCUGCCCCACAUGCAGUCCCCCGGAUGGGGUGGUAAUUUUGAUAGAUGCCAGUGUCAGAGCUUGAAACUGACUGGAGGCAGAUAACAAGAAUACCAUCACCAAUGACAAAGGCCAGCUCAGCACUGACCGGAUGGAGAGGAUGAUUCAAGAGGCUGAACAGUACAAGGCCAGGGGUGAGGUCUAGGUGGACCGAGUGGCUGCCGAAAACUCCUUGAAAGCCCAUGUUUUCCUCACAGGGAGAUCCUUAGGGAAAAGAUGUCAGGAAAUCCUGGCCUGGUUAGAACACAGCCAGUUAGCAGACCAGGAGUGUGAACAUCAGAGGAGCGGGCUGACACAAAUCUCCUGCCCCAUCUUCUCUGAGUUUUAG